GGCUCUGACCAGUCAGUCGCCUUUGAUUAUCAGUUGCCAGCAGCCCCUCUCUUGGCUCCUUGACACGCGCACCAUAUAAGGCGCAGCGAUCUCCAUAGAAACGUGUCAGUUUCAAUAGUAGUGUCAAAGUUCACUAUAUACAGACAUUCGCGCAGAUCCCCGUUUCGGAAACAUAGCUCUGCAGGUCUUCCCGUUUAAGCGCGUUCAUUUUCGGGUCUCUCCUCCUUGCAUAUUCUAUUAGUUGUUGUUUUUUUUUCUUUUCUUUUUUCUUUUCUCUUUCGCUCCGUUCCUGCCGGAGAGGUGAAACUAAUGCAGAGGCACACUUUAGCGACGUAUUUUGUCUGGUUCCAGAUGAGUUUAAUUUGAAAUAUGUAUUAGAUAAAAAUCCGAUCUUCAGUUUUUUUUCUUCUUCCUCCAGUGAAGACAGGAGUAAGGAGCAAGGAAGAAAGAAGGGGAUUUAUUUCUCGCCGUACUUUGGAUCGCGUGUUUUUUUUUGUUUUUUUUGUGUGUGUGUUGUUCGCAGUGAAUCCGGCCUCACCAUUAUCACUGUAAAGCAAACUCUGUAAUCUCCACUCGUUCUCUCUUUUCAAGAUUGGUUUCCUGAAUGGCUGGCUGCAUUUUGCCCUGGAACUGGCCUCCCGAUACUUGCAUAUCCUGAUCGGGUGCCGUCUUUACACCACUUUUGUUUUGAAUGUAUUGAUAUUCUUCUCCUUGUCCUCUAACUGUGCAUGUAAUCGCCUGCUCAGAUUUGACUUUUCCACGCCCGUGUGUGUAGAAUCUCCUUAGCCACUUUCAAAAACCCCAGCGAUCAGCUCGCUAUAUAGCACUUUUUGGGCCCGAGAUAUGGCAAUGGUAGUUAGCAGCUGGCGAGAUCCGCAGGAAGACGUGGCCGGAGGAACUCCAAGCGGCCCGAAUCCAGCAACCCAGCCGACGAGAGAGCAGCAGCAGACGGCGUCGGCAGCACCACUUACCCCGCAAACCCCCAGCCAGCCGGGACCCCCGUCAACGCCGGGGACCGGCGUCGAAAAGCAGACGCAACAGAAUUCAGGUCAGACUCCACAGCAUAUUGAAUGUGUGGUCUGUGGAGACAAAUCCAGCGGAAAGCACUACGGCCAGUUCACCUGCGAGGGCUGCAAAAGUUUCUUCAAGAGGAGUGUCCGAAGGAACUUAACGUACACAUGCCGUGCCAACAGGAACUGCCCCAUUGACCAGCACCACCGCAACCAGUGCCAGUACUGCCGCCUGAAGAAGUGUCUCAAAGUUGGCAUGAGGCGGGAAGCGGUUCAGCGAGGAAGAAUGCCUCCAACCCAGCCGAACCCAGGCCAGUACGCGUUGACGAAUGGGGAUCCCCUGAACGGCCAUUGCUAUCUGUCUGGAUACAUCUCGUUACUGCUGCGAGCCGAGCCUUACCCGACCUCCCGCUACGGCAGCCAGUGCAUGCAGCCCAACAAUAUCAUGGGCAUAGAGAACAUCUGCGAGCUGGCAGCUCGCUUGCUCUUCAGCGCCGUGGAAUGGGCCCGGAACAUUCCUUUCUUCCCCGAUCUGCAGAUCACCGACCAGGUAUCCCUCCUCAGGCUGACUUGGAGCGAAUUGUUUGUGCUGAACGCGGCUCAGUGUUCCAUGCCCCUCCACGUGGCCCCUCUACUGGCAGCGGCAGGCCUCCACGCCUCUCCCAUGUCAGCGGACCGGGUUGUGGCUUUCAUGGAUCACAUCCGAAUCUUCCAGGAGCAGGUUGAGAAACUCAAGGCCCUGCACGUCGACUCGGCAGAGUACAGCUGCAUCAAAGCCAUAGUGCUCUUCACAUCAGACGCUUGUGGCCUGUCAGAUCCCGUUCACAUCGAAAGCCUGCAGGAGAAGUCUCAGUGUGCCCUGGAAGAAUAUGUGAGAAGUCAGUAUCCCAAUCAGCCCAGCCGCUUUGGCAAGCUCUUACUGCGGCUUCCUUCGCUCCGCACCGUCUCCUCGUCGGUCAUUGAGCAGCUCUUCUUCGUUCGCUUGGUAGGUAAAACCCCAAUAGAAACCCUCAUCAGGGAUAUGUUGUUGUCCGGGAGCAGCUUCAACUGGCCUUACAUGUCCAUCCAAUGAUUACAUUGAGAACAAAAAACAAGCGAAAAAGAGACUGAGGCUGAGAGGACCAAAACUAACCACAGCAACCAUAAGAAAAAGGUACAACAACAACAACAACAACAACAACAACAUUUACGGAAACCAAGAACUCGAUAGGAUAAAAUAUAUAUAUAUACAUAAAAAAGAAAAGGACUUCAAGUGAAAACUGAAAGGACCUCAUUAUUAUCUGUGAACGUUGUUUUUUUUUUUUUUUUAAUGGCGAAAGGACCUUGAAGAUCUUUUUUGUGGACUGAGAUGGAUAUAUUCUGUACAGAAAAAGGACCUGGACUGACUCCUGUGUAGAUCCACUCACUUACAAGAACAUUGCUCUUCAUUUUGUUAAAUAUUAGUAUUAUUUUCAUUUUUUGUAAAAAAUAAAAAAAAAACAUCGUAUGCGCAUUAAAAAGAAUCAAGAACUUAGCGGAAAAAUAACAUUUCCAAAUAAUUAUAUAAAAAACAAUAAUGUCCUGUGUUUAUGUAUCUAUAUCUGUUUUGUAUUUUUUUCUGGUUCCAAACCAGUUUCCUGUGAUUCUAUACUAAUAAUUUUUUUGAUAUAACCUUUUGCUUCUUAUAAUGAGUGCGAUAUAUGUUGUCGAAGCUAUGUUCUCCAAGAAUUAAAAUUGAAGUGAGAAUUUAAAACUAAAAUAAAGGAAUUUAGAAAACUGAAA